CCCAACCCCACUAAACCCAAAAGCAAAAAAGAGAGAAAAACCCAACCAUCCUCAUCCCGCAAACACCCAAAUGGCGGCGGCGGCCCCCCCGGCCACCGCGCCAUCCUUCCCCUCCGCCCGCAGGGCCCGCCCUUUGCUUCUCUCUCUCCGCGUCAGAGCUACCAAUCCCACCAAGGUCACCUCCGCCGACCCCGCCCCGGCCUUCAAGUCCGUCACGGCCUUCGCGCCCGCCACCGUGGCCAACCUCGGCCCGGGCUUCGAUUUCCUCGGCUGCGCCGUCGCUGACGCAUCCCUCUCCCUCGGUGACACCGUCACCGCCAUUAUCGAUCCCUCCCUUCCCCCGGCCACCGUCUCCAUCGCCUCCGUCACCUCCCCCUCCCGCCCCCACCUAGCCGACCGCCUCUCCAAGGACCCGCUCCGCAACUGCGCCGGCGUAGCCGCCAUCGCCGCCCUCGGUGCACUCGGCGUCCGCUCCCACGCCGUCUCCAUCCACCUCACCAAGGGCCUGCCACUCGGCUCCGGCCUCGGCUCCUCCGCGGCCUCCGCCGCUGCCGCCGCCAAGGCCGUGGACGCCCUCUUCGGCUCCCGCCUCCAUCGCGACGACCUCGUCCUCGCGGGCCUCGAGUCCGAGAAAGCCGUCAGCGGCUUCCACGCCGACAACAUCGCGCCCGCCAUCCUCGGCGGUUUCGUCCUCAUCCGCAGCUACGACCCCUUCCACCUCAUCCCGCUCUCCCCCCCGCCUGGCCUCCGCCUCCACUUCGUCCUCGUCACGCCCGACUUCGAGGCGCCCACCAGCAAGAUGCGCGCCGCGCUGCCUAAACAUGUCGCCGUCCAGCAGCACGUGCGCAACUCCAGCCAGGCAGCGGCGCUUGUGGCUGCCGUGCUGCAAGGGGCCGCCGGGGUCAUUGGCUCCGCAAUGUCGUCUGACAGCAUCGUCGAGCCGACCAGGGCACCCCUCAUACCUGGCAUGGAGGCCGUGAAGGCGGCAGCUCUGGAGGCCGGAGCACUGGGCUGCACCAUCAGUGGCGCAGGGCCAACAGCUGUGGCUGUCAUUGAGGGGGAGGACAAGGGGGAGGAGGUUGGCCGGAAGAUGGUGGGGGCAUUCUGGAGCGUAGGCAAAUUGAAGGCAACAUUCACCGUCGCUCAGCUUGAUAGGCUUGGUGCCAGAGUUAUCUCCACCUCUAGUUUGGAGUAGCGAGAUUUGGGAGGCCUCCACCAGCUCCUGUAAUUCUAUUUGGGAAUGCUUGGUGGCCCAAGAACACUACUGAUAUCCCAGGGUGUGCUUCUUUUGUAUCUUUUAUUUCCCUUUUUGUAUUUUCUGGCCUCUCUAAGUACUUUAGUUGGCCGGUUGUGGGUUCCGAGGUAGCAAACUGCUGGGCAUGUGCACCCUGGCCUUGUUUGCAAUAUGCGAGUGAUUGUGACAUCGCCUUGUUAAUGUGGAGGUGUGGAAAUAAUCUGUAUCAACCUUGUUGUAAUCUGGGUUGAUUUCUUCAUCAUGCGAUGCAAUGAAUAAAAAGCAGUUGAUUUGA